AUGUCCGAAACUGUGGUUCUGGAGACGAGCCUCGGUGACGUGCAGUUCGAAUUGUACUGGGAUCACGCUCCUCGGGCACGCAUUCCAACUACAUGUAAAAACUUCGCCGAGCUUGCUAAGCGGGGCUACUACAAUGGCGUUGUCUUUCAUCGAAUCAUUCAGGACUUCAUGAUUCAAGGCGGCGAUCCGACUGGAACUGGUCGUGGUGGGACCAGCAUCUAUGGCCAAAAAUUCGAAGACGAAAUCAACUCCGAUCUUCGAUUCACAGGAGCGGGCAUUCUCGCCAUGGCCAACUCUGGCCCAAAUACUAACGGCUCUCAAUUUUUCAUCACUCUGGCCCCGACGCCUUACCUAGACAACAAACACACUAUAUUUGGUCGUGUAAGCUCCGGAAUGCGUGUUGUGCAGCGCCUUGGUGCUGUUGCAGUUGACAAUAACGAUAAGCCUCUUGAGGAGGUAAAAAUCCACAAGUCACGACUUGUUGUGUCAUAG